GCAAGGCUCAGCACGGACACAUUAGAGUGUGACACACAACUAGAAAAGUUUCGGCUGCUGAGAAAACAAACUACCUGCUGACUGAGAAAAGGGUGAAGAUGUCCGAGUUAAGCGAUGAGGCCAGUGAGUCAGAACAGCUGGGUGCCAGCCUCUCCCUGUGGCUGGGUGACUCCCUGGUGCGAGCUGAGGAGCUGGAUGUCCCUCUGGACCUUCACACCGCCUGCUCCAUCGGCCAGUACGACGUGGUGGCUGAGUGCAUUAAAAAGCGUGAGGUGGACCUGGAUGGUAAGAACAUUGGAGGAUGGACCCCACUUAUGUAUGCGUCCUACAUUGGUCAUGACAACAUUGCAAAUCUGCUGCUGGAGGCCCGUGUGAAUGUAAAUUCCACCACCGCCAAAGGACUCACACCCCUCAUGCUGGCGGCAAGCUGUGGGAACGAAAGUAUCGCAUACUUUCUGCUUCAGCAAGGGGCUGAUUUGGAGUUGAAGGACUCUCGAGGCUGGACCGCUCUGUUCCACUGCACAAGCACAGGCCACCAACAGAUGGUCAAGUUCCUGCUGGAUAACAAUGCUGACGCCAAUGUCAAGGAGCCAGGUUCUGGCUUCACGCCACUGAUGGAGGCUGCUGCUUCUGGGCAUGAAAUCAUUGUUCAGUACUUACUUGAUCAUAAAGUUAAAGUGGACGAACGCAACACCAAAGGUGAGACGGCGCGUGCUCUGGCUAUGAUGUACGGCUAUACCAAAAUUGUCAGCCUCAUUGACUCACGUUCUCCAAGAAUGAAACCAGGACACUUUGAAGAUCUGAGCUCCUCUGAGGACUCGGACAGCGCACCACCGAGGAUACGGCCCAGCCGAAACCGAGCUAAAGGCAUCAGCAUCCACGAUGGGCCUCAGGCCAUCGCCAAGUUCCGAGUAGGAGGCACCAGCAAACUGUGUGAUCCUCCUGCCGCCCUGCCAGGGUACAUGAUGUUUCGUGGCAUUGGGGAACAGAGCGAGGGUCUCUGCUACCGUGAUGUGACUUCGCCUAUCAAUGAACUGGAUGGCCAGAGCAACAGCAGCAGAGAUGACAGUCCAUUCUUUGACCAUGACAUGCCCACCAUGAGGAGCAGCAGCAGCAGCAGUGAAGGCCUGCCUCAUGUGGUCGGCCUUAACUGGGAGGGCUCUGUGGAGAGUAACGAGGACUCUGACCAGUGUAAAAAGAGCAGCCUUCGCAGAGUAAAUAAGAGUCAUCACUCAAAAGGCAAGACUCGCUACGGGAACAGCGAUGGAGCUCACUCCAGUGGGACAGCAAACUGUGGCGCUGGUCUUCCACCUUCCUACACUGGCCCAAAGGAUCUGGCAGAGUUCUUGGAGCAAAUCGGCUUUUCGAAGUAUCUUCCGUUACUUGAAGAGCAAGACAUUGACCUGCGGAUCUUUCUCACCCUGACAGAAAAUGAUCUCAAAGAAAUAGGGAUUACUCUGUUUGGACCCAAGCGCAAAAUGACUUCAGCCAUUGCGAGGUGGCACAGCAACGCUCGACCACCCAGCGAUGCUCUAGAACAGGCUUACGCCGACCAGCUCGAGGCUGAGAUGCAAGAGAUGGCCAUUCAGUUACACAAGCGCUGUGAGGAGGUUGAGAGCCUGCAGAGCCAGGUGUCUCAGGAGAAGGAGCUGCGCACAGUAAUGGAGGGUUGUCUAAUGGAGGACAAAAUGGCAUGGAAGAAGGUCCACGCUGAGCUGGUGGAGAACCACCGGCUGGCUCAAAACAUGAGUGCCAUGCUGGGGAAGGAAAGGGCGUGCCGCGCUGAACUGUUCUCCUGUUUGACCACAGACGGGAUCAGCAGCUCUGCCACUGCUGGGGAAGGAACAGGUGUUAAAGCUGGGGAGGGAGCAACGUGUUCCGGUAUUCAAGAGCUGAUGAAGAAGAUGGAUUUGUAUGAAGAAGAACUGGCUGGAAGUCUGCAAACCCUGCUUCAGAAUCUGAGGCGACUGAGUGCCCCAGAAAAAGUCUCAGAUAGCUGGGAACGACCCUAAGCUUUUCAGGACCUUUUUGGAGCACUUGACGGAGGGUGAUUCGCCACCCUGAACAAUGUCACUGAAAUGGGAGAAGGCCAAAUACGAGGCCAGCCACGCCAGGGCCAGAGCGGCUCAGGGGAGCGAAGCCUCUCUGCUGAUCAUCUGGGAUUGGCUGAUGAGCCAGAGCUCGCCAGAUGUGGACGAGGCUAACAAGGGCGAUGCAGCUGCUGCAGGAAAACGACAAGCAGGCACAAGGGUACCUGACCCUGACAUGCCUGUGCUGGUGUUUGUGGACUGCUGUAGAUGGGCUGUGAAAAUGCACGAGGUGAUGGAGGGAAUCGUGGAUCAGGGGUUGUAAUACUGUGAUAUUUCUACGUAACUGUACUCAAAAGUAUGAAAUGUGGUUGAAGUGAUGUUUAUACCACCAGAUGGAGAGUUGGAUUAUAAAAGCAGGUUAGUAGUCAAACUUAAAAUGAGCUCUGCAGUUUAUUUGAAUGAAAUCUUGUCAUUUGUAUGUUAUGUUUUUGAAAAUAAUGUCCUGCUGAAUGCCUUUUAAAGAACGUUAGAGAAGAUAUUAAAGUGGGUCUAUUAUGCACAUUU